AUGCCACCAAAGAAGAAGAACGUUCAAGAAAAGCCAAUCUUAUUAGGAAGACCAGGUAACAACUUGAAGUCCGGUAUCGUUGGAUUGGCCAACGUUGGUAAAUCCACCUUUUUCCAAGCUGUGACCAAAUCACCAUUAGGUAACCCAGCCAAUUACCCUUUUGCAACCAUUGAGCCAGAAGAAGCUAGAGUUAUUGUGCCAUCACCAAGAUUCGACACAUUAUGUGACAUUUACAAGCCAAAGUCCGAGGUUCCAGCUUUCAUGACAUUGUACGAUAUCGCUGGUUUGACCAAGGGUGCACACUCUGGUGAAGGUUUAGGUAACAAUUUCUUAGCCAAUAUUAGAGCUGUCGAUGCUAUUUUCCAAAUGGUCAGAGCCUUCGAUGACGCCGACGUUAUCCAUGUUAUGUCAGAAGUCAACCCAUACCAAGAUUUGGAAAUUAUUAAAGAUGAAUUAAGAUUAAAAGAUAUCGAAUUCGCCAAGAAGCACUUGGAAGGUGUUGAAAAGAUCACCAAGAGAGGUGGACAAUCAUUGGAAGUGAAGCAAAAGAAGGAAGAAGGUGAAUUAGUCAAGAGAAUCAUUGAAUUAUUAGAAGAUGGACAAAGAGUUGCCAACCAAAAAUGGACUUCCAAGGAAGUUGAAUUAAUCAACCAAAUGUUCCUUUUAACCGCAAAGCCAACUAUUUACUUGAUCAAUUUGUCUGAAAGGGAUUACAUCAGAAAGAAGAAUAAGCAUUUACUUCAAAUCAAGGAAUGGGUUGAUAAAUACUCUCCAGGUGAUAUGAUUGUUCCAAUCAGUGUUUCCUUGGAAGAAAGAUUAUCUACCAUGACUACUGAAGAAGCCAAUGAAGAAUGUAAGAAGAUUGGUGCCACUUCUGCCUUGCCAAAAAUUAUCACUGCCAUGAGAUCUAAGUUAGAUUUGAUUUCAUUCUUUACUGGUGGUCCAGAUGAAGUUAGAGAAUGGACCAUUAGAAGAUGGUACACUGCUCCUCAAGCCGCUGGUACUAUCCACGGUGAUUUACAAAGAACUUUCAUCUUGGCCCAAGUUAUUAAGUACGAUGACUUGAUCGAGUAUAAGGACGAGGCAAGUGUUAAAGCUGCUGGUAAAUUGUUACAAAAGGGUAAGGACUAUUAUGUUGAAGAUGGUGACAUCAUUUUCAUUAAGGCAGCUGAAGGUAAGGCUCGUUAA